AUGAUCGUCUCUAUCGCGCCUCCACCAUCACUCUUCAGCUCUUCAGCUUUACCAACCAAGAUGUCAUACCGAGCCGUCCUCAACCUCAUCAAACAGAAGUACCAUCUUCAAUUAGAAUAUACGGACACCGUCCAUGGCCCAAGUCAAGCCCAUGUCUGGUGUGGCGAGUGGAUACUCAACGGAAACCAGACCAUAGGGACUGGAGAAUCAUCUACUAGAGCAGGUGCCAAGGAGGAUUCUGCGAGACCUGCUGUAGAAACGCUGAUAGCCUAUGGCUAUCUGCCCCCGCGACAGUGA